UUUUCUUGCGGCCUUUUUUGUUAGAAGACGCGGAUUUAGGCGGAAGCGGAAGGAGGCGAUGUUAGCCGUUAGCCGUUAGCCGUUAGCUCGCCCGGGAAGCUAACGCUGUUAAAUCUCCACAGAAGGGGAAGUCAACGUCGUAGCUGUUGUUUUUCAUCUCGGGGACAUUUUUCUUUCUAAAAACACGUAGGAACAACGUGUGGUGUGUCAGCCGACACGAGCCGGAGGAGACACUGGCAGUUGGGGAAGUGGGGACUGGAUUCGUCUUCCUGAACAAAACCUACUAAGAUGGCGCCUCUCUGACGUUUUUUUUUUUUGUUGACCCUUUUAACCUAUUCAGUUUUUUUUUUUAUUUUUAUGAUAUCCAACAAAAUGACGGUCACUCACAACCUCUGUGCUCUCGUGGUCUUCACCAUAGCAGCGUGCAGCCGUUUCGAGCCGGCCCUCUGCUCUGUCCGGUGUGGGCAUUCCCUUCAAGUCUUGGACAGCAAAGUGGGAGAGAUCCGGAGUUCUGCUUACCACAGCUGGUCCUACCGCUUCGGCUCGACCUAUGACUGCUGGGUCAUCAAGGGUUCGGAAGAAGAGCCCGUUGUUCUCAGCUUUUCCCAGUUUUCGGUGCGAUGCAGGAAAGAAUGGGUGUCUAUAAAAUCAUCGGCUGGCGGUGAGCCACUCGUCCUCUGUGGCUCCAAGCUCCCGCCGCCCAUGGAAUUCCUGGGGGGGAAUAUUACAGUGACGCAUCACUUCCUCCCGCACCUGUUCCCCGUGUCGUCGUUUCUGUUGAGCUAUGCCCGAGACUCGGGUGAAUGCCCCGUGACGUCAUUUGAAUGCCUGGGGGGCCGUUGCCUUCCCCUCUCCUGGCGCUGCAAUGGCCAGAUGGAGUGUCUCGAUGAAGGUCCCGGCCGCGGCUCCGAUGAACAGGGCUGCGACGCAGAGGUGGAGACCCCGGCACCCUCCAAGCACGGCAGCACACAAGUAGAUGAGAGCAAAGGGGAAACGUUUACGGAGAGAGACCGUGACAGGGAUUCAGAGAGACGUGAGGUCACAGAUAGAACCCAGAGCUCAGACGGGUCGGAUGAGAGAGACACUGAGACCGGUCUGUGGGCCCUGCUGAAGGAAAGGGAGGAGGAGGAGACCCAGGUGGAUCGAGAGCAGCUUCAGACCCACACGGAGCUCGCCGUGACACCGAUACCCAUCGAGUGGCCUUGCGGGGGGCUCCUCCAGACCUUUUAUGGGACCUUUUCCCCUCCUGCCACUCGGGGUCCAGCUCUGUUUUGUGUCUGGACUCUGGACCCUCAGGAUUCCAGGCCACUCAGACUUGAUCUGCAGCAGCUGGUGUUGGGGCCCGGCGACAGACUCAGCCUCUACAACAGAGAGCAAGGCAAAGGAGAUGUCAUUAAAGUUAUCACCAGCGCCUCCAAUCACAAAUCAGUCCAAGCAGAAUCGCACACCGGCGUGCUGUCAUUGACCUACGAGACUCUCCCUGGCUCGGAGGGGGGCGGUUUUAACGCAACGUUCCACGUCGGGAGCUACUGCCCUCCGUGGGAAGGCCGGUGCGGGGGAGCGUCGGGAGGCUGCUUCAACCAGGAGCAACGCUGCGACGGGAAGUGGGACUGUCCCGACACGGGGAAGGACGAGGAGGGAUGCCGGGGCUGCAGUCCGAACCAGUUUGCCUGUGGAGUGGUGGGACAGAGGACGGUGGCCUCCAGCCACUUCGCCGGCCGGCCAGUUUGCUACCCGGCCACGGAGAGGUGCAACUACCAGCUGUACUGUGCGGACGGCAGCGACGAGAGGGACUGCUCCGUGUGCCAGCCAGGGACCUUUCAUUGUGACAGCGACAGGUGUGUGUUUGAGAGCUGGCGCUGCGACGGCCAGGUGGACUGCAAGGACGGCACGGACGAGCUCAACUGCACCGUCAUCCUGCCCCGCAAGGUCAUCACCGCGGCAACGGUCGGCAGCCUGGUCUGUGGACUCCUGCUGGUGAUCGCCAUGGGCUGCACCUGUAAGCUGUACUCGCUCAGGACCAGGGAGUACAGCUUGUUCGCGCCAAUUAGCCGCCAGGAAGCGGAACUGAUCCAGCAACAGGCUCCUCCGUCCUAUGGUCAGCUGAUCGCCCAAGGCAUCAUCCCUCCGGUGGAGGACUUCCCCACCGAAAACCCCAAUGAGACCUCGUCUCUUUCUCUGAGGGGAAUCCUCCAGCUCCUCCGCCAGGACGCCGCCAACUCCCCGCAUCGCAGACGCAGGCCGCGGUUCGUCCGCCGGGCCGUCCGCCGCAUGAGGAGGUGGGGUCUGAUCCCCCGACCUCCCUCCAGGCCGUCUCAGGCGUCGAGCUCCUCCGGCCAGCCGCAGGCAGACGCCGCCACCCUUCUCGGUCAGGAGCCUUCUCUCUCCAGUCCAACGUCGGGCUCUUCGUCGGCCGUGGAGGCGGUCAACCAGCCAGUGCCUCAGAAACUUGGCUUGUUAGCUCUGUCCGAGCAGCAGCAGCAAGAGGACGCACCAACUCCUCUGCUUCCUCUGCCCCCGCCGCCUGCAGCCUCUCCGCCUCCACCACCGUACGCUCCCCCAGCUCCGCCCCCGCCCGCCCCGCACACUCCCCCCGUCGCCGUCCCGCCGAGCAGCCCUUCUCUCGCCUCCAUCUUCCACACACUGGGCCUGAGCAUCUCCCUCUUCAGGGCUUCGCCCUCCUCCUCCUCCACCAACUCCAUGCCCCUCUCCGCCUCCCCUACCUUCUCCUCCUCCUCCUCUUCGGAUGACGAGGUGCUUCUCAUCCCCCUGUCCGAAGACACCACUUCAGAGGACGACGUGCCCAUGCUCACCUGAACGUCCUCCUCGCUCGUCCAAUAAACCCCCCCGCACCUACUUCUUUUAAUCCCCUUUUACGCACUAAUACCUGAAACCCAGUCUUUCCACAUUUGUUUGAACUCGAGCACAGGGGGAGACUCGCCCUCACUGUGCAAGUCUGGUGCCUUUUUGAAAUUUUGCUUUGAGUUGAAAUUGUUGACUUACAGAAUCAAGUAUUUGUCCCUUCUUUUUUUAAAGACUUCCUACAGAGAGUAUACGUUUUAGACAACGAAAAGCAUCGCUGAUGUAUGUUGGAGAGAAAGUGUCGGUGAGUACUGGGUGUGCAAUUAAAUCAGUGUCGGGAUGCACAGUGAAGGUAAACAUUUUUUUGCACAGAAGAAUCUUCCCUAUCCAGAAACCGAGGCAGGUGAACUGUCACACUGAAUGAUCAGAGUUUUUAAAUGAUGGAAAAUUAUUUUUGUUUUUUUGUGGUUUCGAACUGUGUGAAUGCGUUUCAGCGUUUUGAGUCUUAGACAGCGGAGUAUGUUUGUCGUUUGUGGUUUGUCCCCCACAUAUUUCUGCCACUUGCAUCCAGUCGUCAUGUUGAAUCACAGAUAUUAUUCCACAAGAAAAUCAGUUCCGCUCUAUUUAAAGUGCCUUUUUGAGGAGUUUCCCUGUAGAUCGCUCGGGACGAUUCCCGAGGAAGACGCACUGCACAACGGAAAACGCACAGAGGGCACGUUUUCCCUUACAUCGCAGCACGCAUUCGACACUUACUCGAACCAUGAAAAAGAAACGCAUGACUACUCUUGUGAGCUGGCAAUAACUUUCCGGGGACCCCCCACACCCCCGUACUUGUUGUGCACAUUUGACGUAAAGCGCGUGUUUUAAUUACAACACGCGUGGACACUUCCUAAGCGAAUGUAUGUAAUUUUUUGCGAAAGCAAACGAGUCAAAAGACAAUCUCUUUGGUGCCUGAUUUAAGUAUGUUUGCAUUGUGUGUGUGUAUGUAUGUGUGUAGUGUGCACAGGAAGAUGAGGCGCCCUGGUGAUGAAAAGGGCCCCGAAAAACCCAAAAUGACCUCAACUUGAAUCUACAGCCCCCGAGGGGAAACGGAUUGCAUCCUGUCACAUUUUGUCAACAACAGACACGUGGUGUGCCAUUUGUAUUGUUGUACAUUUUAUGGGGUUUUUAUUUUUAUUCUCAGCAAGUUACAUAUGAUAUUUUUCCUCUUCAGGAAGUUUUAUUUUUAUUUUAUUGCUUUGAUGAAUGUAUUAGUGUCAAUGUAGAGUAGGCCAAAGUUUUAAAUUUAGCUAAAUAAGAGAGAAAAUGAUUUACUGAUUGAUUGAUUAGGGUCAACUUCACUGUAUAUAAGUAAAACGUGGCUGAGAUUAAAACAAUUUGCACUUUU